AUGUCCUCUACUUCUGAUCUUUAUAAUAAGAAGUGCUAUUGCACAAAAUGCAGCAAUAAUAAACAAGGCUACAGCUUUGUUCCUAUACGAAUCCUCCAGCGUCACAAUAAAAGAGCAAGAUAUGAAGACAUAGAAAGAAGUGAAAGAAAUGUAUCUGUUCAAAGAAAUCUCAUGGAUAUUGAUUUUGAAACUACAUCAAACCAACAAACUGGACCCAUAGAAGCAAUGGGCGGUCAGACCAACUCGCCUGUUUGGGAAGGAGCCCCAAUUUCUGACAAUGAGGUUGCUUUUAGCAAUGAGUCGAAUGGCGAAAGCAGUGAUGGUGAUGAAAAUGACAAUGACAAAGAAAGCAAUGGUGGUGAAGAAAGUGAAGACAAUGAAGAGAAUAUUGUUGAGAUUGAAGUCGAAGAAUUCGAUACUGAACAUCCUUUUGCCACCCCAAAUAUGCCUGAAAAUUUGGUACACAGAUUCAUUGCUACUUUUGUGGUAAUGUUUGCUUCCCGCUAUGUGGUCAAUAAGGGUGCUGUUAUCUUGGUCGAGUUCAUCAACAAGCUCUUGUUGAUUUAA